UCCGGUUUUAAGUUUGUGGAUUCCUGCCUCACGUGAAAGUAUGUCAAAAAGCAAACCGGAUUAUAUUCAUACUCGUAUGCAUUGCAGGCAUGACUUCCAACCUACUGCAUGGCCAGCUUCUCAUGUUAAACGAAAUCUGAAGAAUCUAAUAAAUAGCUCUGACAUGUCCCCUGGGAGAGGUAUAUUCGUGCCAAGCCUUUCACGCUAAAAAUGUCUUUCCACCUUACCUGUGGAUUGUGGAUUUCAGUAACGCGAGUGCCCAACCGAGUUAACGACGUGGCACAUGACACAAAUGAAGGGUUAACCGGUGAUCCGCCAAAUACAGAGUUAUUUAACAUACAAAGAGAAGCAGCAGCGUAUUUAUUUUUUUUCUAAAACCCAAAAUGUCACGCUCACAGCACUUUUGCAGCACUGCACACAACUCGACAGCUGCAUUUACUACAUAAACUACAAAAAGUGCAACUAACAUGGCGUGCGUAGGCGACAGGACGGGCGUGUCCCGGCGUGUGUUUUUAAUGCAGCCGAUGACGCUUCUCUCUAGUCCGAGAAAAACAAAAAAGGAAAAAAAAAACAAGUCUUGGUGGUUAGUCAGGCAAGCUGCCGCCGCUGCUGGGGUUCCUAGAUGCGUCUGGGUGUGCGCUGGCAGCGACGGGCAUGAAAGGCGGCUGCACGGAGCCGGAGUAGCGGAGGCUGUAGUCAGGAUACGGGGCACCGCAGAACGGGGCCCCGGACACGGGGGCGAGGACCAUGGCCGAUCCGUGGAAACAUCACAUCAUCCAUCAACUAAAACUUCGGGACAGGACUCAGAAGAUCAUGUUUCAGGAGGUCAUACGGUCAUAUGUCAGACUGCUAGAGAGGUCCAAUCAAAGGAUCUUGAUCGCACAAGGCAUGUUGGGGUCUGCAGCAAGGGUGCCUUCGUAUACCUCAAAAGAGUCGAUAGUUUCUGAACAUGAGGAUAAAGUAAAGGACCUGAAAAAAACAAGUGGGGAGUUGGCCUACAAGGUUGUGGAACUCCAGCAGGAGAUCACAAUCAAAGCCUCCAUCCUGGAUGAGCAGUACACCAAGAUGAGUGAGCUAAAGAAGCAGCUGGAGGCUGCAGAGUGCAAGUUUGGCGAGCUGCAGGCCCAGGUGGUGGAGGUGCAAGACGGGAACAGCCGGCUGAAGCAGGAGUACGACGCCCUGCUGAGGCAGCACCACGCCAUGGACGAGAAGUACCGCGAGGAGAAAAUGCGAGGCACCGAGCUGCUGGAGGACAUGAUCCGGCAGAAGCAGCUGGCCGCCGCCAGGAUGAACAGCAGGAACGAGAAGAGAGUCCGUGCAAGAGUGGCUGGAAUCCAGAAGACAGCAGCCAAAGAGAAAGUGCAGGAGUGUGUCGACCCUUGUGACACCCUGCCAACAGCAACACCGCCCCCUAAGGCUAAGAUGGAUGAGCAGCCGAAGAAAAGCCAUCCAAGGCCCUUUAGGUCCGCCUCAGCCUCGUCACCUCGGAUUUUCGAUUCUAUCAAAGAACUCUUUGAUAAGAAGAGGCGCGGUAACUCAGUCUGCAGUCUGGAGGAGGACUUCUGUGCCCCCAUGAGAGUUUGUUUGGCGGCAAGAGUACCUUGCAGGUCCUUACACGUGCUGGAUGCACAUGAACUGGGCAUUAAUGCUGUGCGAUUCAGCUCCAGCUCUAACUUGUUGGCAACGGGGGGCACAGACAGAGUUAUCAAACUCUGGGACAUCAGUGCAGGAACGUUACAGAACCGAGGAAUACUAGAUGGCAGUAAUGAGGGAAUAACCAGUAUCGAGUUUGACCCAACUGGGACCAAAAUUCUAGCGGCAUCAUACGACAAAUCUGCCCUCUUCUGGAGGCUGGAUAGUUGCUCACCCAAGUUCACUCUGACGGGCCAUUCGCGCAAGGUCACAGCCGCCAAGUUCAAGUGCAGCCUGCGGCAGGUGGUUACGGGCAGCGCCGACAGGACCGUGAAGGUGUGGGACCUCCAGCGGGUUGCCUGCAUACAGACCAUCGAGGUUAUAUCCUACUGCAGUGACGUGGUCUGCACAGAGUACUUCAUCAUCAGUGGGCAUUACGACGGGAAAAUCCGCUUCUGGGACAGCAGGGCGGCCAGCUGCACCCAGGAGAUCCCAUUGCAGGGCAGGGUUACCUCCAUGGACCUCUGCCCUGACCACAGGCAGCUGCUCAGCUGCUCCAGGGAUGAGAGCCUGCAGGUGGUGGACAUCAGGAUGAGCAGCUCGAGGAGGUCGUUCAGGGCCGAUGGGUUUAAGUGCGGCUCCGAUACCACUAAAGCGAUAUUCAGCCCAGAUGGGAGCUAUCUGGCGGCCGGUUCGGCAGAUGGGGCGGUCUACAUCUGGAAUGCGAACACUGGGAACCUGGAGACAUGUCUUCCUGACAAGCACAACUCCUCCAUCAACGCCGUAUCCUGGUCAGUCUCCGGGGAGUACGUGGUGAGCGUGGACAAAAGUCGACGGGCGGUCCUGUGGAGCGAUAUCUGAUGGGUGGAUUCGGCCGUCGCUUCCCUGGAUGAUGUCGGAUAACCCUUGUGAUACCAUGCACGUCGGACUCCUGCCUCAGAUAACCAGCAGUUCUUCCCUCUUCCACCUUCAAGUACACAGGACAGCCGACAAGUUGGGUUUGAUGGUCAUGGUGGCAGUGAGGAAGCUGCAUAUCCGGCUCCGUAAACCAUGAGUGCAGUUCCUUUAUUAAGAAGCAGGAACGACACGUCAUCCUUUGAAGUUUCCUUAUGCCUGCAAUUGGAAGCAUAUGAUGUUUUCACUUGUGCAGCCUUAAGGUCAUGUUCUCUAUGGGCAAGCAGAAUCUUUCUCAGCUGCUUGCGUUCCGUGUGUUUUCCUGGAAGACGUUGAAAAUAGCACAUAAUAGCUUUUCUUUGUGACAUGGAAAGGAGCCGCAUGGCUCGAGGCCGAAGUGAUUGUCUUCAACAUCGUUUCUCAUCUGGCACAUCAAGCUCGCCAAGGGUCAUAUUUUCUCUUGCUGUGAUGCCUGCAGUGGGUUUUCCCAUAACACACUGGGACACAGACUGUGACACACGUGCCGGUAGGGUAUGCCAGCUCUGCCCAACAGCACAUUAAAAUCCACCCACGCCGAAGGACAAAGCCGGUUAAUCAUUACUGUCGAAUGGGCCUUAGGUGACCCAGUAGGAGUCCUGAACCUGGGCUGUACAAUUUACACAUUUAUACAUAACACAUCCAUGGGUCUGAUGCAGAAAACAGUUUAGGAAUAUAUAGCAAACUGAACCAGGAUAACAAACAUGUCAGAUAACAAACAGUACAAUAAACGUGCUACAUGUCGACUAAAACUAAAGUGAUUCACUAAAAAACAGCCGAGCCGUCGUGCUGCUAGCAAACUCCUGACGCACAAGACAGUUUUCUGUCUAAGCUUUCAGGGAAAGCGUGUUGAAAGGGUGUUUCAUAAAAGCACUUUCCUCCUUUCAGUUUUUUUGUGCGUGUAAAUAAAAAUACCUGCACGACGGAAACCUGCUCCUUAUAGAACAUGGCCUUAUACUGUAGAAACCUGUCAGCUUUCUGGAACAUGGCCUUGUUCUGUCAGCUUCAUGGAUUUAUAUGGGGAAUCGCUUCUUACGUUUACAGUCAGAUUCGGUCUGCAAACUGCACCAGUUUGAUUGUCAGAAUCCCUUUUCCCUAAUUAUUUUAUUAUGCUCUUUUUUCGUGUGGUAACCGUGGAUUGAUUGCCUCAAAAACAGAAGCACAGCAGAAGGACUGUGACGGUUCCUUGGCUCUGGGCUGUAAACUGUAUUAAUUCUAACAGCAUUAAAAACGUAAAUAAAACAGCAAUUAGUCCCAUACACAGUUCAGUUUUAUUUUGCAGAUUGUUUUGGUAAGUAUUUGUGGAGAAAAGCCAUUUUGAUUAGCUCUCAGCUGCUAAUUGUUGCUUCAUAUCAGCUGUGAGUUGAAAGUUAAUAUUCUCUUAUCGGAUGGUCUUUCUUUGGCUAAUGUGGUCACAUCGUAGUCAUCAGCAGUGCUGAAUUUUAAUGAACAGAGAUGUGAGUUUUUCCUCUGGUAGAAUUGUGGAUUUUUUUAUUUUGAUUUUACUUUGUAAAGAAAUGUAUAUAAUUACACAAUACCAUCAUUAAACAAGUGGCUUCUUUUUUUAGUGUUGGGGAAAAAUAUUUGGACUUGGAUUUUCCUAGGAACUGCAUAUGUUGCACAUGAAUAAAAUACUUUAGCAAAA